AUGCUAGUUAAUUAUAAAGUUCAAUCAUCACUUGAUAUGGCUUAUUGUGUAUUACAUCAACGUAAUAUUAAAUUAGCAUUAACAAAAUUAAAUGAUACACAAAUUUAUUGCGAUAUUCAUUUAAAACGUCAUCAAAUUCAAUCAUCAUCAACAACAACUUUAACUAGUUUAUUAUCUAUAAUUGUUGCAAAAGAAUUUAAAAAAAUGAAAAUGAAAAUGAAAAUUUCAUCAUUACAAAUUAUUGAUGAACAAACUACUUCUUUGAAUUCCAGAUUUAUACAAUUAAAUUCACAAUUCUAUCGAACAGUGAUUGAUUUUUUGACUUGCUCAACCGAAAGCUUAUUGUGA